GGCCAGCCAAAACACAGAGAAAAUCUCGCACCACCCGAAAGUGGGAGAAGCAGAACGCCCAGUGCUCUCCGCUGUGCACCGAUUCCCACCGUCCGAGGAGAUCGCCCAGUUCACAUUCGCUCUCUCGCUUCACUGACCGGCGAUCUCCCCCCCCCCCCUCUCUCAUUUGCGCGCAUCCUCUCUUUGUCAUUCUGUGAGGCCAGUGUCGUUGCCAUAUUCUUUACCGCGAGAAGUGCGAGGAUCGAUUGCUGGUUCAUUCAUGGUGGCGAGUCUCGCUGGGGCUCGAACUUGAAGCCAGGGAGCUGCUUCCUGGAGCGGCGAUGGAUCCACCCGCCACGAUGAUCAACGGCGGGGCCUUCCCCAGUGGCGACGCGGUUCCGUACAACCUGGCGGACAUCUGGCAGCUGCCGACCGGCGGGGGGUUGGGGCUCGGGAGGCCUCCUCCGGUGGCUCGGAGCAUCGGCCAGUUCCUGACCGGCCGCAAGGGCGCGAAUCUCGAGGCCUCCGGGGGUGAGCCGGUGAGUGCGGAGGCCAGAUGUGGCGGCGGCGGCGGCUCUAGAAAGCGGCGGGACGCGGAGGACGAAUCGGCGGCUAGGAGUAGGAGCGUCUCCACCAGCAAUGGCAUGCCGAACUGUGUGGAUGGCGGUAAACGGGUUAAAACUUCCGGAUGCGAAGACGAUAGUGGAGGUACCAAAGCAGAGGGAGAGCCCAGCUCGGCCAAACCUACGGAAGAAAGUAAGCCGCAGCCAGAGCCGCCCAAGCAAGACUACAUCCAUGUGCGAGCCCGAAGAGGCCAAGCCACGGAUAGCCACAGCUUAGCCGAAAGAGCCAGAAGAGAAAAGAUAAGCGAGAGGAUGAAAAUUCUUCAGGAUCUAGUGCCUGGAUGUAACAAGGUAAUUGGCAAAGCGCUGGUUCUUGAUGAGAUAAUCAAUUACAUCCAAUCGCUACAACAUCAGGUUGAGUUCCUGUCAAUGAAACUCGAGGCUGUUAAUUCGCGAAUGAACCCCCACAUCGAAGUAUUUUCUUCUAAAGAAUUUGGUCAACAGCCAUAUGAUACUGGCGGCAUGCCUUUCGGGUCACAAGCUUCCAGAGAAUAUGGCCGUGGUUCCUCGCCGGAAUGGUUACAUAUGCAGGUUGGUGGUGGCUUCGACAGGACAAUUUGAUCUGCGAUAUCCACGUCUACUAGGAAUAAGAGUAUAAGAAGCAAAGCUUCAUCUCAAUUCUUCGUUAGGUUGAAAAAAAAUACUCUCCCGUGUGUCAGUGGAUAGAAAAAGACAGUAGAGCUCCAUCUUCAAAAUCACGCCUUCAGCUGUGAUUGCUGUCAAAUAAGACUGAUGAAGUUAGUAUUCUGGCACCGGCAUUGAUCUUCUAAAUUAAUUCUUUUUAUCCAGCUUUCUUAGACUUCCAAUUCUCCCACCACACUGAUAUGCAAAUGGGCUGCCUGUAAUGAAUA